CCAGUCACAUCACACUAUGAGUACAUCAUUCCAUUAGUUCCAGUGAUAUCACACUGAUUUUAUGUUUUUAAAGGCCCUUUUCUUGGUGAUGCAACUCAACAAUACUCUACAAGUCUCGGAUAUGGUUUUUAUUGCAAUAAUACAUGUAGAUGACCUUUAACCUGGAAAUAACAGUUUUAUUUAUGAUUAUGUUUGACCUGAUUUCCCUCUUUGCCAGUGCUAGAGGACAUAGGUUUGGAGAGCCAGAGAAUUUCCUCAAUCGUGUCCGGGGAGUUUUAUAACCAUCAGAUUAAUUAUCAGAUUUAAUGAUUAAAAUCCUUGGUUGAUGAAAAUAAGGAAUGAACUAGGAACCAGUGGUCGUUUAUAUCCAGACUUGGAAGUGCACGGUUCUUAAGAUGCUGUCUGGUUGACACUGAGAACAGAUUAAGCAGGGGACUGUCUUUCACAUUUUAUGUGUGUGUGGGGUUGAUAUCAAACUAAUACAGAGAAACUCUAGAGCUGUGACAGAGGGACAUCAGACUAAGCCUGACCGGGGUAGCUGAGCAUCACCAUCAGAGGGCGGUCAGCGAGGAAUGGAUAAAGUCCAUGACACGGUAGCCUGGUAUCAGAAACAGAUUGGGUCGUAUGACAGACAACUUUGGGAGCAGUCUGUAGAAUCACGAGUACUACAGGGAAUACAGUAUGCACCCAGAAGAAAUGUAAAGUUAAAGACAGAAUUGAUUGAUGUUGAUUUAGUAAGAGGUUCAACCUUUUCCAAAGCAAAGCCCCAAGUGUCUUGGACUUAUAUUGCUCACAAGGCAGUAUGCAGGGUUGUGUUUUAUCCCCUUUGUUAUCGAUGGUGGCGGCAGCAGGUGACGUUCCGUUUCUGGUUCUUUCUCCUCAUCAUGUACAUCCUCCAGGUCUCCACCAUCAUAGUCUUCAUCCGCAACGUCGGUGACAGCAUCACCAAACACGAGAUGAGCCUGACCCUGGUUAUGAUUCCGUCCAUCCUGAUGCUGCUCCUGGGGGUGGUUCACUCACACACAGUGGCCUCCCAUGUCUCUCACCGCCCCCCGCACAGAGAUGGAAAAAACAGGGAUGGCAAAAGAAGUCGAAGAAAUACCUUCAGAAGUAACUCUACUUGUGGGGUCAGUAGUUCAGAACAGGCAGGUCAAAGGUCAUCAGAACCCAGCAAAGAGAGUGUCAUUCAAGCGGACAGAAAUCUGAAGGUUGGGGAACCGUCCCUCAGCAUGGGAGAUAAGAAAUCCUCACUAGAGUCCAAGUCUGUCAGCUGGAGCAACAGUGAUAAAAAGUGCAGAUCUAGUCCAGGAAAAUUGUCCCAAAAAUCUAGUCAAGAAAGCGACUCAGGGCCAGAAAUGGAAAGAGAAAGGAAGAGGAAAACCAGCACUGAAGAGUUCGAAUCCAAGAAAGACAAUCCAUCUAUUCCCGUGGAAUGUCAGGGAGCAAGUAGCACUGAGGGUAUUCACACCAGUGCUAGCGCAGUGGAUAUUCUCUCAGCAGACAACAUAGCCAUUGAAAAACUUGAGGGUGAAAUUGCAUUUCAUUUGGAGACACCACCUACAACAGAUGGCCAGAUAGUCAUGCUCAAUUCCGAGGGGGAUGUUGACUACGAAUUGACAGAAACCCUCAAUCCAGAGAACAGUAUCAGAAAACAAGAAGAAGGAAGUGAACAAGAAAAGAAAAGACAAAGUCCACCAAAGAUAGAGAAGAGCUCCAGCUCCAGUGACUUUCGUGGGGAGAUGAGUGAGGGGGAGGAAACUAAGCCCCCCGGCCCCCGGGUAGAUCAACUCUCACCUAUGUACAGCAAAGAUCUGAAAAAGGAGUCAGAGUCAGACUCGGAGAGGGCCGAAUCGGACCUGGAUGUCAGGACUUUCCAGGGUGUGAGACGACGUAAAACUCGGGUUGACGACAGCAGUGAAUCCGGGGCGUCAUAUUGUCGACCCCGACGUCAGACUAAGGAUAGCAAGACCAACAGGAAGGAGCGGGAACUUACACCAAAUCUGGAGAGAGAUGACUGUAACAAGGGUACGGUCAGUUCUGAGGAGUGGGAGGACCGAGUCCAAUCAGACGUUACCACCUCCACUUACUCCACCAGCUCGGACAGCGAUCUCACUGAGAACGAGAUACAGGCCGAGUUCUCGGAGGGAAGCCUCUCUUCCAAGAGCAUCAAUGUGAACUCGGGGGCGUUACCGCCGGAGAGCGCGGAACGCCAAGGCAGUAGUCAACAUGUAAUAAAUCUACUACAACCUCCCACAAGCUGCUCUGGCCUAGGUCACCACACACCCCCAGAUAAAGUGAGCUGUCUGAUCUGGGAGGGCAGUGAGGUGAAGAAAGUCGAACUGACAGGGAUCGACAUCGGGUGGACGAUCAUCGAGAAGGUGGACAACAUUCCGGAGAGCUCCGACUAUAUUUGGAUCGGACUGGUCUUUUCUCUGAUCAUCGGGUGUAUCCCCAUCUUCUUCAAGAUCUAUCACACCAAGGAAUUCUUCAGUCUUCUCAACUUGCAUGCUUUGGUUGACCUCCUCUGGAGCCUAAACGCUGAUUCCUGGAGAUUUAACUUGAUCCUUGCCAAUGGUGUAAUACAGAGAUUUGCUCUCAGCUGUAUCUUCUUCUUUCUUCUCUCUGUAGCAGAUAGAACCUUCAAACAAAGGUUACUUUAUGCCAAACAUUUUUGCUACCUGACUUCGUCGAGACGAGCCCGUAAGUUUGACAUGCCUCAUUUCCGUCUAAACAAAGUCAGAAACAUCAAGACCUGGCUGUCUCUCAGAUCCUACUUAAAGAAACGAGGCCCCCAGAGGUCAGUGGAUGUGAUCGUUUCCUCAUCCUUUAUGACCACUAUCAUCAUCCUUACCCUGAUGUGUGUGCAGCUCCUGAAGGACACAGACACUUACCUGGACUUCCUGUGUAACUGGGAGCUGCUGGUUUGGUGCAUGGCACUGGGGGUGUACCUGAUGAGGUUCAUGACCCUUGGCCUCAAGAUCAACAAGAAGUACCGUAACCUUUCUGUACUGAUCACGGAGCAGAUCAACCUGUAUCUUCAGAUGGAGCAGAAGCCUCACAAGAAGGAGGAGCUGAUGGUGGCCAACAAUGUCCUCAAGUUGGCUGAGGACCUCCUCAAGGAACUUGAAAGUCCCUUCAAAAUUUCAGGAGUGUCUGCCAACCCCGUUCUGUACAAUAUUGUCAAGGUCGUAGUCCUUUCUGCGUUUUCUGCCGUUCUGACUGAAAUCUGUGGCUUCAAACUGAAGCUCUACAAAAUCAAACUGAAAGGCUAGCUUGAUGCCUGCCUGUCAGUAUUAGCCAAUCACAAAUGGAUGGCGGUCAACAGUUAACACCGACGAACAGAAAGUCAACAUCAAGCUGUAGUAUUUCUUUUUAGUCAGGGAAUGAAUUUAAUUUAUUUUUUAUUUGAUGACCUGAGAAAGGUUUUUGAAUUUUAUUGUUCUUGUUUUUAUUUGAGUCCUACUGAAAUCCUUAGAGUGAGAGUCAAAAAUGGUCAGUAUCACCGCAUGUACUUAGUGAACUUUGUAAAUAGGCUUUUGGAAUUUUAAUGAUUAACUGCUCAGAUUAAUAAAUAGAGUUUUAUUCUAUUUAGUAGUUUGCAGUAUUUUUGUAGUGAUUUAUCAAAGAGGUUUACCAUUUCCAUUCUAUUGACUGAUUGAUUGAACUAGUGAGGCAUGAUUGAAGCCGCUUCUAAUGCUCAGUCUCUCUAGAUCCAGUCACCAUUGCAAUACUUAGGAUGCCAAAUUAUUUUCUCAUGUUCAGAGUUAGCUGUUCUUGCCCCUAUUGUGUGGGAUGGUAGGAACGUUAUGUUUUAUUUAAUUAUUCUUGAUUGAUACAGAUUUUAAAGGUUGUAGCAAACAUUUUGCCUUAGUAAUAAUGGUGUUCAAACAGUCUACUUAAUAUCGACAGU